CAUAUCCUCUACUACAGUAAUAAUUAUUUUAUAAACCCGAUUGAUUACAUGAUCGCAUACCUAAUUGUGUUGUCUAAAUUGGAAAAAAUGAUCGCUCACUGUGUCGUGAUCAUCUCUACCGUACCGAUGGAACGAUUCUCAGAAAUUUCUACAGGUUCACACCAUACGCACACUACUGUAUAUAUAUAUUAUUACAAUCUUCAGAUCCAUCCAUCCUCACAAAAACAAUAUAUAUCCAAUCUUCAUUACGAACCAUGGAAGUUAGUUUGCUAUACUUAUCUCUCUCUCUUUUCUUUCUUAUCAUUGCUUUCAAGUUGUUAACAAAAGCAAGAACACAGAAGAAUCUCCCUCCAAGCCCACCGGCUCUUCCGGUCAUCGGUCACCUCCACCUCCUCAAACAACCUAUCCAUCGCACUCUCCACGGACUAUCCCAAAACCUGGGGCCGAUCUUCUCCCUCCGGUUCGGGUCACGCCUGGUGGUGGUGGUGUCAUCGCCGUCCGCAGUGGAGGAAUGCUUCACCAAGAACGACGUCGUCUUAGCCAACCGCCCUCGUCUCAUCAUCGGCAAGUACUUUGGCUACAAUUACACCAGCAUCGGCGCGUCCAGUUACGGCGACCACUGGCGCAACCUCCGCCGCCUCAUGGCGCUGGAAAUCUUCUCGACCAGCCGCCUCAACGGCUUCUUAUCGAUCAGGCGAGAUGAAAUCAAACUUUUACUCCGCAGAUUGUAUCGAAACUCGUCUCGUGAUUUCGCCAGAGUCGAAUUGAAAUCCAAGUUUUCUGAACUGACUUUUAAUAUCAUGAUGAGAAUGAUCGCCGGAAAGAGGUAUUAUGGCGGCGACGACGCCGAGGAGUUGUCGAACAACAAGGAGGCGAAGGAGUUCCGGGAAAUCAUGAGGCAGGCAUUCGAGUAUGCCGGUGCAUCGUACCCAGGGGACUUUCUACCGGUAUUAAGGUGGAUUGAUUAUCAGAGUUUUGAGAAGAAUUUGGGGAUACUUUAUAAGAAAAUGGACGCUUUCCUGCAAGGUCUGAUCGAUGAGCACAGGCGUGACAAGAGUAAGAACACCAUGAUCGAUCAUUUGCUUUCCUUGCAAGAAUCACAGCCAGAAUAUUAUACAGAUGAAAUCAUCAAAGGACUAAUCGCGGUCAUGAUAUUAGCGGGCACUGAUACAUCAGCAGUGACAAUGGAAUGGGCAAUGUCCCUUCUAGUGAACCAUCCAGAGGUGUUGAAGAAGGCGAGAGUUGAGAUAAAUGCUCAUGUGGGCCAAGAUUGCUUGAUUGAUGAACACGAUAUCUCAAAGCUACAUUAUCUUCAAGCUAUUAUCUCUGAGACCUUUCGAUUGUUCCCAGCAGCACCGUUGUUGGUACCACAUAUAUCAUCGGAUGAUUGCAUUAUAGGCGGGUUCAACGUGCCACGUGGUACAUUGUUAUUGGUUAAUGCAUGGGCCAUUCACCGGGACCCUAAGGUUUGGGAUGAUCCUAUAAGCUUUAAGCCUGAGAGAUUCGAAGGUGGAGAAGUGGAAGGACACAAGUUGAUGCCAUUUGGGAUGGGAAGGAGGGCUUGCCCUGGGGCUGGUCUGGCACAACGUGUCGUGGGUUUAGCUUUGGGGUCAUUGAUUCAAUGCUUCGAGUGGAAGAGGGUUACUAAGGAGACAGUUGAUCUAACGGAAGGAAAAGGACUUACCAUGCCUAAAGCUGAGCCAUUAGAAGCUAUGUGCAAAGCACGUGACAUAAUCAUGAAUAACAUUUUCUCUGAAGCUACAAACGUUGUUUGAGCACUUUUUUUUUUUUUUUUGAAAAAUCUAUCGAUAUGUUCUCACACGUUAAUAGUGACUUAGUUGACAAUGUGCUAUUUUUGUUUUGUUUUUUGUGUUGUUUGUGGUUUAUAUAAGUUCAAAUAUAUGUUGUACGUGAGAUUGAUUUUUCAAAUAAGUUAAAGGAAAAAUUAUAAAUAAA